CGCAGUGACGGCAUCGCUAUGGAGCCAAGGGCGGGUGUCUCUAAACAGGACAUUCGUGAGCAAAUUUGGGACCACAUGGAAUCUCAAAAUUUAGCUGACUUUCCCCGACCUGUCCAUCACAGGAUUCCCAAUUUUAAGGGGUCUUAUCUGGCUUGCCAAAACAUCAAAGACCUAGAAGUUUUUGCCAGAGCGCAGGAAGUUAAAGUGGACCCUGAUAAGCCGCUGGAAGGCGUUCGAUUGCUGGCCCUGCAGAGUAGAAAAACGUUGUUGGUUCCAACGCCACGACUGAGAACGGGGCUGUUUAAUAAGAUCACACCACCCCCCGGGGCAACUAAAGACACCUUGAGAAAAUGUGCCACCUCUCAGGGUGUGAGGAGCUACAGCGUUCCCAUGGGUUUGGACUCCACGGCCCUCGUGGAUCUGGUGGUGGUGGGAUCUGUUGCUGUUUCUGAGAAAGGCUGGAGAAUCGGGAAGGGAGAAGGUUAUGCUGAUCUCGAAUAUGCCAUGAUGGUGUCCAUGGGAGCUGUCCGCAAGGAGACGCCAGUGGUCACCAUCGUCCACGACUGCCAGGUCAUGGACAUUCCUGACACGCUCCUGGAGGAUCAUGACCUCACGGUGGACUACAUCCUCACUCCAACCAGGGUCAUCGCCACCGGCUGUGAGCGCCCAAAGCCGACAGGGAUCAUCUGGUCCAAGAUCAGCUGUGAGAUGAUGGAGAAAAUUCCUAUACUGAGGAGGCUGCGUGAACGAGAGAAGCGGGCUGGGAAGGAUGUCACCCUUCAGGAUGAGCCCCGGCACCUUCUAGAACCCGGCAGCCACCAGAGAGCUCUUCCAAGAAGACCACCAGAUGGGCCUGGGCCAGAAGCAAGUGCCAUGGGAACAGCCCGUGGCUCCCUGCAGGGGGAGGGUGCCCUGCUUACAGCUGAUGUCUAUGUCGGGAACCUGCCCCGGGAUGCCCGAGUGAGUGAUCUAAAGAAGGAGCUCCGAGAACUCGGGGUGGCCCCCCUACGGCUCACCUGGCAGGGGCCACAGCGCAGGGCCUUCCUGCACUACCAGGACCCGGCCACAGCCCAGCAAGCCCUGUCCUGCCUGCAGGCCCUGCGCCUGGGCACCGACACUUUGAGGGUGGCGCUGGCCAGGCAGCAAAGGGACAAGUGAUGUGCAGGACAGCCAUGGGCACAGAGCUGUGCUGCACAGACACCCUCACCACUACCACCGGGUGACAUGUGGCAGCCUGUCACUCUGGUCCCCAUGAGUGAGAGGCUGAGCUGCUCCUUCCCAGGAAGUCACGGCACAGUUAAGGCCACCCUGUCCCGGGAGGAGGAGGCUGGCCGUGGUCUUUAACACCUCCGCUUGGUCAGGUUCUGGCUCCUUUGGGUCCUUGAGCCUGUCUGUGUCUCUCUGGAGGGGAGAGCAGUGUGAGGACCUAGGGGCUGAGCGCAGAGAGCAAGUGACAGUAGACGGUAAUGGGGGUUCGGGUCUGAGGGGGAUUUAAAAGGAGAAGGCAGAGGAAGAAUGACGCCCUGGCAGUUACCACAGGCAGGGCACAGAAAAGCGCCUUGUGCUCAGGGCCUGCUGGCAAACCAGAGGGGAAGCUGCCUUCCAGACUGCACAAGCCCAGCCCCGUCGGCCCUGCACACAGAGCGCUCGGCACAGCCUGGCCUUUGCAUUAAGAACUGCGGAGACGGGGGGCUUGUGGUGGGCACGACCCUCCCUGCUGCCUGGCAUCCCCGGCACCCUGGCCUCCGUGGACAGCAUCAUCCUUUGGGCGGAGGCUGCUUGUCCUGGGCGUGGGACCACCUUGGGACCAGCUUUGCCCCAGUUGCCUUGUGUGCAGAUGUGCACACGCUCACAUGCCCGUCGCUGUCUGUUUUCUGGGUCUUCCCCUCAAAAUUCUCUGUUUCUAAAGCCAGCUGGAUUUGGGCUGAACUACCCUUCCCAACAGAAGUGCUUUCGCAGUUGAUCCUGGGCAGAAAGUCAAAAUAAGCAUUAAGUGGAGAUUUUGCUUUUCUCUAAUGUAUAUGUGUUGGAAAGUCUUACAUUUUAGCCAGAGGGUUUUACCGAGUGUAUUUUAAGCACGUCAUUAUGCCUCCAGAGGGCAGGCCUGGGAUGACUUUACAGAAAAUGUUCUCAGGACACUCAGCCUUCUCUCUGAAAGGGCGUUUUCUCACUGCUGUAUAAUGAAAAUACUGUGGAGACUUCAGAAAGAAAAUCUGGUCUCAGACAGAUGUGCUUACUUAAUAGACUUCUGUUCCAAGUUGCCGUGAACAAAACGAGGGGACAGAAACCUGGCCCCUGCCCCUGGGCCCUCCCCUCGGCCUGACCCACCGCCUCUACAAGAGGGCUGGUGUCAUUUGUCCCUUGGGGCUCAGCUCCAUGUCGGAGGCCACGUCCGGCUCCAGCAGGGCCGAUUGCCCUUGUUUUCUCUAUUUUUCCAUCUUGCAUUUGUAUUAUUCUUCCAUUUGUUUUGUGUUUACUUUUUGAUUGUUAACUUGCCACCAUCAGGCCAACAGCCGCAGGAGAGCAGCUGGGCAGCCCCUGGCAGACAGGGGGCAGCGCCCUGACAACGGGGCUUUCUGUGUAAGGAUCCCCUUUGGAGCCAAGACGGAGAAGCUGGAUCCCGGUCCCGCCAUGCCUGACGUGAGCUCUGCCCUCAGACUGGAGUUACACCAGUAGGUAAAUGACUUAGGUUUUCUGUCUCCUGUAGCCAGAAUAAUCCAGAUAUACUGACAUACAGAUAAUCUGAAAUAGUUGAUCAUUUUUAUAUUUGUAGAAAAUAAAAACUAAAAUUCAA